AUGGUGGCUGCCAACAUCAAGGUCUUCUUUCGUGUCCGACCCAGCGCGCGGCCCUCGAAGGCAGUGAGUUUGAAGCAAGACGAUGGGCUUAUCGAGUUUGUGCAGGAGAAGAACGCACAGGAGGGCACCGUCAAUAACUCCAAGACGCACCACAAGUUUCGCUUCGAUGGCAUUCUACCCAUGAAGAUUUCUCAGGAAGAGGUCUUCAGCCUGGUGGCAAAGCCGGUCAUCGAAGAUGUUCUGCAAGGCAUCAAUGGUACCAUUUUCGCCUAUGGCCAGACCGGCAGCGGCAAAACGUUCACCAUCACUGGAGGUGCGGAGAGGUACGAAGAUCGCGGACUGAUACCGCGUACGAUCGCGUACCUCUUCGAGGAGUUCAAGAAUCGCCGCGAUGCGACCUACCGCAUGUUCAUCUCCUAUCUGGAGAUUUACAACAACGAUGGCUACGACCUCUUGAGCCGGGAAGAGCACACUGCCAAGCUCGAGGACCUCCCCAAAGUGCAGCUCAGAGAGGACGAGGAUGGAAAUAUCCAUCUCCGCAACCUGUCCGUGAACAUGGCUCAGAAGGAGGAAGAUGCGCUAAAUCUGCUCUUCCUCGGAGACACCAACAGAGUCGUCGCAGAGACGCCCAUGAACGAUGUGUCUACCAGAAGCCACUGCAUGUUCAUCAUGUGGGUGGAGUCAACACAGGCGAACUCUGACACAGUGCGUAGAGCCAAGCUACACCUGGUGGAUCUUGCUGGAAGCGAGCGUAUCUCUAAGAGCGGUGUUGAAGGUGACUUGCAGAAGGAGGCCCGCUACAUCAACCUGUCCCUGCACUACCUGGAGCAAGUCAUCGUCGCCCUGCAUGAGCGCUCAUCUGGAGCCCGCCACCAUGUGCCGUACAGGAAUUCCAUGAUGACCUCUGUCCUUCGAGAUUCCCUCGGUGGGAACUGCAAGACCGUCAUGGUCGGCACUGCAGCAAUUGAAGACCGCCACUUGGAGGAGUCAAUCUCCACCUGCCGGUUUGCUCAGCGGGUCGCGGCGAUUAAGAACAAUGCAACCAUCAACGAGGAAUUGGACCCUGCUUUGCUCAUCCGCCGCUUGAAGAAGGAAGUCACCGAACUCAAAGAUGAGCUGACGCUCCUCAAUGGGGACGAGAGUGCAGAGACGCUGACGGAUGAAGACAAGAAGGAGCUCCGAGACCUAGUGCAGGGCUACGUGGUGCAGCAGGCCAUGGGCUUAGCUGUGCUCAUGGCGGCUACGGGCGGAAGUGACCUGAGCCAGUCGACGGGCGACCUGAACCAAGCUGAGCGAGGGGAGGUGACGGUCGAGGAGGGUGUCCCAGUCAGUGGCCCGAGUCCCGACGGUGUGGCAGCACUUGAGCUUCCAGACGCAGCCUCUGUCUUCACACGGCCCCCUGAGUGGCUUGUAGUCUCAAACUACCGAGUGGCUGUCCUGUGCUGUGCCUCCAUCAACCUGCUCACCAUCCUGCUGAACAUGGUCACUGCAAUAGUGAACAAGGACAUGUUCCCUUGGGAUCCUCGUUGGGGCACUUGGCCAGUGAUCGCCAUCGGAGUGGUUUUCAUGCUUGGCCCCAUCUGCGGGCUCAUCGGUGCCAGUUACCUGCAGCGUGGACUUGUGACUGCUUAUGUCGGCUUCAGCUUUCUACAUUGCGCAAGCCAGAUAGUUUUCGCAGUCUCGACAUUCUUUUUGUCGGCGAUCUUCUUUACGUUCGUGCAGGCCUGGGUGACGAAAAUCGCGGCCACCUUCUGGUACUGUUUGGGCACGGUUCCACGUCAGCAUCGCAGCCAGCUGAUGGAACUGAAGACCGAGGAGGUGCAAAUGGUGUACUGGUAA